ACAGGUGCGUGACAGUGGGAGCUGCUCUCGGCACAAGCAUGUACGGCAAAGGCAAGAGUAACAGCAGCGCCGUCCCGUCCGACAGCCAGGCCCGGGAGAAGUUAGCGCUCUACGUGUAUGAAUAUCUGCUCCAUGUAGGAGCUCAGAAAUCGGCUCAGACAUUUUUAUCAGAGAUAAGAUGGGAAAAAAACAUCACAUUGGGGGAGCCACCAGGAUUCUUACAUUCUUGGUGGUGUGUGUUUUGGGAUCUCUACUGUGCAGCUCCAGAGAGACGAGAAACCUGUGAACACUCGAGCGAAGCAAAAGCCUUCCAUGAUUAUAGUGCUGCAGCAGCUCCCAGCCCCGUGCUAGGAAACAUGCCCCCAGGAGAUGGCAUGCCAGUAGGCCCCGUGCCACCAGGGUUCUUUCAGCCUUUUAUGUCACCUCGGUACCCUGGAGGCCCAAGGCCCCCAUUGAGGAUACCUAAUCAGGCACUUGGAGGUGUCCCAGGAAGUCAGCCAUUGCUCCCCAGCGGAAUGGACCCAACACGACAACAAGGACAUCCAAAUAUGGGUGGACCAAUGCAGAGAAUGACUCCCCCAAGAGGAAUGGUGCCCUUAGGACCACAGAACUAUGGAGGUGCAAUGAGACCCCCACUGAAUGCUUUAGGUGGCCCUGGGAUGCCUGGAAUGAACAUGGGUCCAGGUGGUGGCAGACCUUGGCCAAACCCAACAAAUGCCAAUUCAAUACCCUACUCCUCGGCGUCUCCUGGGAAUUAUGUAGGUCCUCCAGGAGGUGGAGGGCCACCAGGAACACCCAUCAUGCCUAGCCCAGCAGAUUCAACUAAUUCUGGAGACAACAUGUAUACUUUAAUGAAUGCAGUACCUCCUGGGCCUAACAGACCUAAUUUUCCAAUGGGCCCUGGAUCAGAUGGUCCCAUGGGUGGAUUAGGAGGAAUGGAAUCCCAUCACAUGAACGGCUCUUUAGGCUCAGGAGAUAUGGACAGUAUUUCCAAGAAUUCUCCCAAUAAUAUGAGCCUGAGUAACCAGCCAGGCACUCCAAGGGAUGACGGUGAAAUGGGGGGAAAUUUCUUAAAUCCUUUUCAGAGUGAGAGUUACUCCCCCAGCAUGACCAUGAGUGUGUGAUCCAUUACCGAGUCUCCUCAUGAAAACCAUCGUGAGUCAGCCCAUCACAGAACUACUACGGAGGAAAACUACUCAUCGUGUACAGUUAGACACAGGAAUCUCAGACACCAGACCACCUUUUAGUUCCUGCUCUCUCCCCUGUUGUGAGAAGAAAGCGGGUCCCAAUGUGAUUCGAGCAACUGUACGGAGCGGCACAUUAGCCUUGCCCCAACUGAACUGCGAUGAUUAUCUGUGUGUAUGUGUGGGGAAGAGAACGCAUCGUAUAUGCAGAUCUGUAUGCACAUAUACGCAUACGUGCAUUGACCCACAGGACAUUGUAAGAUAUUAUCACAUGACAUCUUAAGUAGAAGUAAGUAGGGACUUUUAUUCCAUCCUUUUUUUCACGUUUACAUUUUAAUUAUUAAAGGUUGCUCCUGCCCUUCCCGAACUAUUUUGUGCUGUGUACAUCACUGCUUUAUAUAAGUUAUUUUUUAAGGUGAACUCAGAUGUUAUGGUUUUGUAAAUGUCUGCAAUCAUGGAUAGGAAUAAAAUUGCUUAUUUGAGAGCUUUCA